AUGGUUUCUUCAACCUUAAUAAAUACAAACAAUAAUUUCUUUGAUCAAUCUCAACCACAACUUAUGCCUACACGAGUAUUAACACCGACACCUUUUGUUGCUGCUACUACUACUGCUUCUCAACCAUCAUUAACACUCAAAAAUCUGAGUUUAAAUCAGAAUAAAAAGAAAAAUGAAGUAGUUACUGAUUUACUUGAUUUGAGCGAGACAAGUACAUCAUCAGAAAAUAUAAUAUUUGAUCCAUACGCUUAA